AUGCAAAGGCGUAUGUUGAAGAGAUUUGGCAAUGCUUGCUGGAUGAUGAGGUUCGGAAGAUGGGAGUUUGGGGGUUGGGUGGCUUUGGGAAAACAAGCAUAUAUACGAAAGGUUAUAAACAAUCAACUCUUAAAAGAGACAGGGAAGUUAUAUAUUGUGAUUUGGGUCACUGUAUCCAAGCAGAUGAGCAUUCCUAAACUACAGAAAGACAUUUCAAGUAAACUCGGAGUAACUUUUUCCGGUGAUGAAGAUGAAAUAACAAGGGAAAGCAUGUUGUUUGAAACUUUUUCUCGAAAGAGUAGGUUUGUGAUGAUCUUGGAUGACCUAUGGGAGAAGAUUUCCUCUGAGAUUAUAAGAAUUCCUGACCUGUGUACCGGUAGUAAAUUAGUGUUGACAACGCGAUCAUUGGAUGUGUGUCGGCAGAUGGGUUGUAAAGUGAUUAAAGUAAACCCUCUUGAGGAAAGGCAUGCAUGGAACUUAUUCUUGGAUAAAGUACGUGUGGAUAUUCUAAAUAUUCCAGUAUUAGAAGCAGUUGCAAAAUCAAUUGCUAAUCGUUGUGCGGGUCUAUCCUGA